AGCGUCAGGCAGCUGAGGACAGAAGGCAGCUCGACAUCCGCUGUUCUCGAGGACUUGCUGCCCGCCAAAGUAUUUCAGGUCCGCGUGGUCGCCGUGAACAGCGUGGGCGAGUCUCCUUCCUCUGAGCCUUUAUCCCUCCGGACGGACGGCGAGGCCCCCAGCGCCGCGCCCGUGACAGUGCGGGCGGUGGGCGUGAGUUCCAGGGAAGUCCAGUUGACGUGGGCGGCGCCUGAUCCGGAUACGUGGAAUGGCCAGCUCCUGGGGUACUACGUGGGGCACAAGCAAGAUAGCCCCGUGGGAGGUGGGCGGUCCUUCAGCUUCGACACCGUGGGCGUGACGGGCGGAGGCGAGGAAACCUGGACUGUGGGCAACCUGGAGAAGUUCACUCGCUAUGUCUUCGUCCUUCAGGCCUUCAACGCUAAGGGACCUGGUCCUCUCUCGACGGAGGUGUUCGCGACGACGCUUGAAGACGUUCCCGAAGCUCCUCCAGAAGACGUGACCUGUGUUGCCCUGACCUCAACGCGGGUGGAGGUGUCCUGGUCUCCGCCCCCUGCCCACCUGACCCACGGCCGCAUCACCACCUAUACGCUCACCUACACGCCCAUGGAUGACCAUACGGGGCUCCCCGCCGGCGAGGCCCGCAUCGUCAACGGCCAGAGCGCCACCGUCGGCGACCUCGAGCGAUACACUAACUACUCGGUGACGGUGGCGGCAGCGACGAGGGCGGGCGUGGGCGUGUCUUCGCAGCCCGUCGUUUGCGCCACGGAGGAGGAUGUGCCCCAGGCGCCCAGGACGAUCAAAGUGGUGAUGAACGGCCCCAACAGCGUGAUCGUGGCGUGGGCGGCCCCAGAGCGCGCCCACGGGACUGUGACCAAGUACAUCCUCUACAGGAGAGCCCCGCCCGCGAGAGAUCCCAUCAGGAGGAUUCUUCCGCCUCAGACGCUGUGGCUCGAGGUCACGGAUCUGGCUAGCAACCACCUCUACGAAUUCUGGGUGACCUCUGCAACCAGAGUAGGAGAAGGACCCGCGUCUCCUGUUGUAUCUGCCACGCCUUCUGCUACAGUGGGCUCUGGCAUAUACAGCGUGGGCGGAGAAGUGCGGGCGGCUCGAGGUACAGACGUUGUCCUAUCCUGUCAGCACGUCGGACGCCCAACUCCUACGCUUUCUUGGCGACGCGAUAACGCCCCUGUUACUCAUGACUCCAGGUACGAACCUCAGUUGGACGGCGGCCUCCUUAUAAGGGACUGUCAGCGGUCGGACUCAGGGAACUAUACCUGCCACGCAAGCAAUCGACAUGGCUCUGACCACGUCGUCUACACGUUGAUUGUCAUGGUUCCUCCGGCCGCAGUCCUCCUCCACUCGAUGGGUUCGACCUCGACCUCCGUCACGGUGUCCUGGCGCCACGUGGACGACGGCGGCGCCCCUGUCCGGAAGCUGACCUUGACCUGGCGACCUGACCCCGGAGAAUGGCGAGAGGUCACCUUGGCACGUCACCUGACUCAAUACACCUUAGGAGAACUUACCUGCGGGACGGAAUAUCACCUCUAUCUCACUUCGCAUAACAAAAUAGGCCCAGGCGCAGCCAGCGAGGUCAUCACGGUGCGGACGAAGGGGUCACGCCCAUCGCCGCCGCCCCAACACCGCCUCAUCUCGGUCAACACGACGGCCGUGACCUUGCGGCUGACCUCGUGGGCUGACCAGCAGUGCCCCAUCGCCCACUUCUCCGUCAGGUUCAGGCCGUCCAACCAGAGGGACUGGCAGAUGGUUAGUGGACGCCUGCCAGGGUCUCAGAAGGAGUACGCCCUUGGGGACCUGGCUCCUGCGACGUCCUAUGAACUGAGUGUCACCGCCCAGAAUCCUGCAGGAGAGACAACAGCGGCUUAUAACUUCAUCACUCUCGGUCUUACAGGAGACCACCUGCAGGAAGGUCUCGGCUCCAUAAGCGGCGGGAGAAUGGGUCCUACCGGAGGCAUAGGAACAGCCGCGGAGGACGUGUUCACGGACCCCGCCUUCAUCGUCCCCGUCAUCAUCUCCUGCAUCGCCCUCGUCUCCAUCGUCAUCGCUAUUACUCUGUGCAUCAGGAGAAGACCGGCCAACGGGCAGAACGGGAACCAGGCGGUCGAAGGGGGCGACUCCUCAGCCACCUCUGCAGCCGAGAACAAGAGCAACCUGGCGGCGAGAGAACAGUACUACGCCACCGUCAGGAAGCCCGCGCCCUCGCCGAUACACGAUGUGAACGCCCUGGAACGCAUACCAGGUAUUACGGCCGCAGGUGGGACCAUCACGUUAUUACUAUACCCAAAAGAACACGAAAUUCUAGGGAAAUUGAACCCAAUUCGUGAAGUACCUCCUGUACGUGGCCUCGGAUGCCAGCACCACCGCCUCCCCCCGGCAGGAGAGGAAGAGCCUCCCCCGCCGCUCCCGGUCCAGAAACUGUCAUAUUUCACUCUUUAUCAGAAUGAGCAGCUGCUUUUAGGUAAUCUCAGAGUAAAGGCUACAGAUCAGCUUAUUUCCGUCUCAGUGCCACGUUAA